AAUUUCCACAAAAUAUAUAUCGUUCACUCUCUCCCUCCCGCGAUUACAUUACAGGUGCUUUUGGUCCCUCUCUUUCUCUCUCUACCCUUCCCCUGUGUCUGUAUCUCCCUAGCAGACCCUUCGAUUUGAUCCAAUCCGAGAAGUCUAUGUGAAUCUUUCCGUAAUUUGGGGAAAUCUAGGGUUUUUGGUUUAGAUUUUUGUUUCCUUUUCUUGUCUUGUGUUGGUGAAUUGUUGAUUGGAGAUUGUUUUUAUGGUUGUUGAGUCGUUAGGGUUUGUGUGGGCUUGCGGAUCUGAGUAAGGUUUCCUGUUAAGUGGGCGUUUUUUUGGGGUAAAUUUCAAAGAUGUUUUGGCGUAUGACAGGGCUCUCCACGGCGUCGCCGGUGGAAACAAUUUUGGAUAAGGAAAACUUUACACUAGAGGAGCUUCUUGAUGAGGAUGAAAUUAUUCAAGAAUGCAAAGCUCUGAAUGGACGUCUUAUCAAUUUCUUGCGAGAAAGGACUCAAGUUGAACAAUUGAUUCGCUUUAUUGUGGAAGAAGCUCCUGAGGAUGCUGAAAAGAGGCGAUCUUUUAAGUUUGCUUUCAUUGCAUGUGAGAUAUUUACUUGUGAGGUUGAUAUUCUACUCAAAACACUGGUGGAGGAUGAGGAGUUAAUGAAUUUGUUAUUUUCCUUUUUGGAACCAAAAUGCUCGCACAGCACACUGUUGGCUGGGUACUUCAGUAAGGUUGUCAUAUGUCUAUUGUUGCGGAAGACAGUUUCUUUUAUGCUUUAUAUUAAGGCUCAUCAGCAAAUUCUCCAGCAGCUAGUUGACUUGAUUGGGAUUACAUCUAUCAUGGAGGUACUAAUACGUCUGAUUGGUGCUGAUGAGCAUAUGUAUAACAACUGUACGGAGGCAAUGCAGUGGAUAGAAGAAACAGAUGUGCUGGAGAUGAUUGUGGACAAGUUCAGCUCUUCUGAUUCCCAAGAGGUGCACGCAAAUGCAGCUGAAGCUCUCUGUACUAUGACACGAUUUGCUUCUCCUGGUCUUGCUGCCAAAAUCUCCAGCCCAAAUUUCAUUGGAAGAUUGUUUCGUCAUGCUUUGGAAGAAUCACGGCCAAAAUCUGUCCUUGUUAACUCGUUGUCUAUAUGCAUAUCCUUGUUAGACCCUAAAAGGCCAACCUUGGGGACAUAUCAUACAUUUAACCGCCAACUUAAUCAUGAGUCCACAGUAACUGCCAGUCCUGAGACAGUAGAAGGGAUGCUGAAGAGCUUAGGAGAUCUUCUGAAGCUUUUGGAUGUUACAUCUACUGAAAUUGCCUUGUUGACUACAUAUGGGAAAUUGCAGCCGCCUCUGGGAAAGCACCGUUUGAAGAUUGUAGAAUUCAUUUCAGUGUUACUGACAGUUGGAAGUGAAGCUGCUGAGAAGGAAUUGAUUCGUCUUGGAGCAGUCCAAAGGAUUUUAGACUUGUUUUUUGAGUACCCGUACAAUAAUUUUUUGCAUCACCACGUAGAGAACAUAAUAUUUUCAUGCUUAGAGAGCAAGAAUGCUAUUCUUAUUGGACAUGUUCUCCGUGAAUGUAAUCUGGUUGUAAAGAUACUUGAGGCAGAGAAGAAUUGUGCAUUGGUGGCUGACCCAGGCAAGCCAACAAUUCCUGCUGAUGGUAGACCAUCACCGAGGAUAGGGAAUAUUGGACACUUGACACGCAUAUCCAACAAACUUGUUCAAUUGGGGAAUAACAACGGUGAUAUUCUGGCAUGCUUGCAGGAAAAUAGUGAAUGGACUGAUUGGCAUGCAAAUGUCUUAACAAAGCGUAAUGCAGUUGAAAAUGUCUAUCAGUGGGCCUGCGGGAGGCCGACUGCUCUACAAGACCGGAGAGAUAGUGAUGAUGAUGAUUACCAAGAUAGAGAUUAUGACGUUGCAGCCCUAGCUAAUAAUUUAAGCCAGGCAUUUCGAUAUGGCAUGUAUAGCAAUGAUGACAUUGAUGAGGUGCAUGGAUCACUUGAACGAGAUGAUGAGGAUGUCUAUUUUGAUGAUGAAUCUGCUGAAGUAGUUAUUUCUUCUCUGCGUUUGGGAGAUGACCAGGAGAGUGGCUCCCUUUUUACCAAUUCCAACUGGUUUGCUUUUGAGGAUGACAGAAUUGCCAAUGAACGCUCUGCAGGAGCACUUGCUUCUUCUUCGCCUAAUAAUGGAGAAACUGGUGGUGUUAAUGGCGCAGGCAAUGAUGAGACUAUGGUAGGAGAAGGUGACGACUUGGAUGACACUGCAUCAUCUUCUCCUUUGCCUGAUCCGAGUAUAGAUGAUAUGUCAGUGAACAAUUCAUCUAAAGAUGUAGAAGAAACCAUUGCAAAUGAUAAACCACCUGUAUGGGUUGAAUGGAGGGAGACACCAGAUUCCAAUCCUUCCAAUUCCAAAGUAUCUCUCAUGCCAAAUGGUGAGCUUCAAUUGGAUUCAGAGAUUCAGGGUGGCGGUGGUCCUCAUGCUGCUAAGCCUGUAUCUUCCUUAGAUGCAUUGAUAGAUGAUGGUAAUGCUGCUGGAAAAUUGCCAAAAGCAACAAAUGAAAGUCCUACAGGUAAUGAAAAUCCCAGUGUGGACCAUAGUGCUUCUGAUGAUAAGACAACUGUAGAAACUGAAGGAACAGUUGAGGCCAGCAAAGAUGAACAAGAAAACGUGGUUAAGCCAGCAGAGAACUAAAUGUAAAUUCUCAAGAGUCUGUUUCUUGCCUAACUGAUACGCUGCAGCAGCAAACAUUGAUCAGGUGGGAAGAUGAAUACUGAGACGCUGUUGGUUGAUUAGCUGACCAUCUUAGAGCCUCCUGUACAUCAUCGAUGGGCACCGUUGUUUAGUAGGGUUGAUUCUUUUUCCACACCUGCAGAUAUAGUUUGAGCUCUCUCACUCUCUCUCCAAAGUGGUGAUGAAUGGGGUCUUGUUUUCCGCCUUCUCGAUCUGGUAAUCCAAUGCUUUUUAUUAAUUAUUUAGCUUUUAGCUUCUUAAUAGUUGAAUUAGAAACUGGAAUUGUGGCCGCUGGACAUUUUUUUUUAGCACGAUUUAUAUCCAUACAUUUUUUCUUUUUCACAUUAAUGUCAAAGUGUUAAUCAUAGAAUCAUAUCUCAGAUUCCCUUUUAUGUUUCCCUGGCCACUUCUCAUUGCAACGGAGAAGUCUGCAACAGUUCUACUCUCCAUACUUGUGUAAGGAUUUUUGGUCGAGGAAUUGUAUGAUUUUACCAUUCA